AGUUUUGCUUUAAAGUUAAGCGCGAGCACAGGCUCAAAUAGGCCCCAGAGAAACCUUGAACCCUCGUCAGUUCCUGAAGAAGAUCUGAGCAUUCCCUGUCUUCAGAAUCUGCUUGCCUCAACAUGGCCGCCCACAGAAACACUGAGGUGAGGAUCAUUCUGGUAGGAAAAACUGGGAACGGAAAGAGUGCCACAGCAAACACCAUCCUUGGGAGACGUCAAUUCGAGUCUAAGAUUUCUGCCCACGCUGUUACCAAGACCUGCCAGAAGGCAUCCAGGGAAUGGAAGGGGAAAAACCUUGUUGUAGUUGACACCCCUGGGCUCUUUGACACCAAGAAGACCAUGAAAGCCACAUGUACAGAAAUCAGCCGCUGUGUUCUCUACUCCUGCCCUGGGCCUCACGCCAUCAUCCUGGUUCUGCAGCUGGGCCGCUUCACGGAGGAAGAGCAGAAAACGGUCUCCCUGAUCAAGAGUCUUUUUGGGGAGGCGGCCAUGAGGUACAUGAUUGUCUUGUUUACUCGCAAAGAUGACCUUGAGGACCAGAGCCUGGAUGACUUUUUAGGCGAGUCAAAUGACAAGCUAAAUAAUGUCAUCGCGCAGUGUGGGAAACGCCGCCUGGCCUUUAAUAACAAAGCGGCAGAGGCGGAGCGAGAAGAUCAAGUAGAGCAGCUGGUAGGACUGAUAGAGCAAAUGGUGGACAGGAACGGGGGCUCUUACUUCUCUGAGAAGAUAUACGAGGACAUAGACAGAAGGCUGAGACGAUGCCUGAGGGAACUCGAGGAAACUUACGCUCAGGAACUCAAUGCUGAAAUCAAAAGAAUAGAAAGGGAAUGUGCUCACGGAUCAGAAGAAGAAAAGAAGAAACGAAUGGAUUCUGCAAAGAAAAAUUAUGAUGAGAAAAUGGAAAAUCUGAAGGAAAAGGCUGAAGAGACUAUACUUGGGUAUAUUUACAGGAAGAUACAUGAACUGCUUUCAGAAAUUUGGAACAAGUUGAGAUCGUGAUGUAAAUGCUAUUCUUUUACAUUAAUGACAUUUGUUCUUUGACAAUUUCAUACAUACGUGCAUAUAAUGUGUUCGGAUUGAAUUCAUGUCUUUUUGUUUCGGUAUUUUUUUGCCUUGUGAUCCACUGAGUUUAACUAGUUUCCUGUGGGUGACAGCAGGUUUCAAACAAUCUGUCAGAGCCUGGUGGGCUGAUCAGGAGGAACACAGUGGAAGACAAUGACUCUUCCUCUUCCCGAAUCCAUCAGCAGUUACCAGCUCAGCAGGGUGGACAGGUUCUUAUGAGCUGCUCCCCUACCCAGGUCCAUAUCUGCUGUGAGCUCCUGAUGGCAGUGUCUGUUUUCUGAACCAAUGCACACCCACUCGCACACACGCACAAGCUUGCGCCUGCACGCACAUGUGCACACAUGCACACGCUCACACACGCACAGGAAUAAGUCACUAGGAAAGCUGUGUGGCAGCUCUGCAGUGGGCCUCAGAGUCCGGCUACAGGUGGCAGAGCAGGCACAGAUGGCUGCGGAAUGAACCCUUAAGUGCUGUAAUUCCUAGGCCUCUGUAAGAGGUUCUCAUCUUUUGAAAAUCUUCUCACCAUCUUCCUGGGAGAAGAUGAAGUGCAGUUCUCUGAAUUAGGGGGAGGGAGGAGAUGACAGGUCCCACUGUUUCUGCCAACCCCAACUUCAUCCUCUAGUAACCUGGUUGUUUAUAGCUGGCGUUUCUGAACUUGAGCUGCGUUUUGUGCUUCAGUCUGUCGCUACCCACCUCUAGGCUUUCUGGGCUUGUGCAGGAUGUCCAUGCUUUGUCCAGUGAGCUCUCACCUUCCCCUCUUCCAGGUAUUUGUCAAGUAUCUCAUCACUGCUAGCGCUUUUACUUUUAUACCCUUGAUAGGCCUGUGAUCCCUUUAGUAGGCGUGUUAGAUGUGAGGCUGCCCAGGGUGUAUAACAACACUGCCAUGGGCUAGAUGCUAGACCACAGUGUUAUGGUGUGAUUGACUUUCCAUUAGCCAACCUAUCUUGAUUUUGAAAUCUCUGAUGUGUUGUUAAAUGGAAAUAGAACACAGCAGACAAAAUGCACAAAAUACUUUCACGUGGUUACACAGACCCACUCAUGGCCAUUCUAUAUUGUCAAGGGUAUUUUAAAUAACUA